GGGGCGGGGUGCACCAAGCGGCUGCGCUUGUCCACGUGUUAAAUGAUUUCAAUUGCUUGACUUCUUGCUGGGAAGCUGUCAACAAACCUGCCGAAACCCUGAAUUGCUCAUGCUGCCUGCCUAUGCUCACCUCCUUGCACAAAGAUUGAUUCGGCGCAUUUCGGCGCAUACCUCGGAGUCAGAUCUUGUGAACAUCUCCCUUUUCACCCAAAAGGGGCGGGCAUGCUUGGCCGCACUGGACGUGACCGCAGCCCAUCUUAGUUUCUCAGAAGGGCUGGCGCCCCCUCGCGGGAGGCUCCGGGCCCGUGGGGCAUUGCGUAGCUGGACCGCCUAGAGUUUGAUCCGGCGAAUGCCUCCACAGGAAGAGGAAGAGGAGGAAGAAGGGAAGGAAGAGAAGGAGGACAAACAAGAGAAGAAAGAGCAGGAUGAAGAGAAGGUACCUGCGCCAAAGCGAAGAAGAAAAACGAAGGCCAACAGAAUAGCGGAGGCCAUGGAGAAGGAUGAGGAAGAAAGGGAGCCGAAGGGGGUUGUGUAUUUAGGACACAUUCCGCACGGCUUCUGCGAGCCAGAGAUGAAGACGUACUUUUCCCAGUUUGGGGAGGUGACACGAUUCCGGCUGUCGCGUUCCAAAAAGACUGGCGGUUCCAAGGGCUACGGCUUCAUUGAGUUCAGGCAGGAAAGCGUGGCAAAGAUUGUUGCCCAAACUAUGAAUAAGUACCUGAUCUCUGACAAGUCGCUGGUUUGCGAGUUUCUGCCCAAAGAAAAGUGCCACCCGAAGAUGUUCAAGAGCUGGCGAGUUGUCCGGGAGGACAAAAGGAUAGAGCGCCGGGACAAGGAGAGAGAGAAUCAGAAUGACCGGCCGACCGUGGAGGUGAAUGGCCAAGUAGUGCCACAGCUCACAGAGAAGCAGGCCAGGCGCCAGUUUUCAAGCAAGCGGAAGCUCAAGGACAGGCUGAAACUCCUUGACAUUGACUACGACAUCAAUGAGGUCCUUUCAGGCGCAGAGGAGGCAGAAGCCGAGGCUCAGGAGCUUGAGCCUCAAGAGCCUGAGCCUGAAGAAUCUCAAGGUAAGAAGAGACCAAAGAAAAAGCGAAGGAGUGCCAAAGCCGCUUAAGCCAGCGCCUGACAAAAUGGAUGCUAGGGCAGCCACUAAGUUGUGGACUUAAGAAAACGCCAAAGCCUGGAUUUGCCUUCAGGCAUUUGUCUAGGACGAGCAUAGCUGGUGCGUGCAAUCAGGACCCUUGCAGACCGUGGCGACCCAAGAGGGUGCUCCAAAAUUGGAGAUCCUCUGGCAGCCAGCAGGAUGUGAGAUCCUGGAGGAGAGACAUGGAUACACCCACCCACUCCCACAU